AUGGCUGAAAUCGACGGCUCCUGUGACCCCGUCUUCCAUUCCGUCCGUGACCUUCUGCAACAGAAGCUUCGGGCCGGUAGUGAAGUUGGCGCUUCCCUUUGUGUCAAUAUCGACGGCAAGAAUGUCCUGGACCUCUGGGGUGGUCAUGCAGAUGAAAGCAAGACCAAGCCAUGGAAGAAAGACACCAUCACCGGAAUCUGGUCCUGUACGAAGAUCAUCACCGGUCUAGCCGCCCACAUGCUCGUGGACCGCGGCCUGCUCGACAUGAACGAGAAAGUGGCUACCUACUGGCCCGAAUUUGCGGCGAACGGCAAAGACAACGUCAAGGUCUCACAUCUCCUGAGCCAUUCCUCCGGGGUGCCAGCCUGGGAGGGCGCGAUCACGGCCGCGGAGAUGCAAGACGUGGAGAAAUCCACCGAGCGGCUCGCAGGACAGGCACCAUGGUUUGCCCCAGGCUCACAGAGCGCAUACCAAUUGACCAACCACGGCCAUAUGAUCGGCGAGCUCGUGCGACGCAUCGCGGGAAAGCCGCUGACCCAGUUCCUCGCCGAAGAGAUCGCGACGCCUCUGGCGGCUGACUUCCAGCUUGGACUGCCCGAAGCCGACUGGGCCCGAACCGCCGACAUUGUUCCCUUCUCGCCGGAUGCUAUGGCUAAUCUUCAGCUGGACCCGACCAGCAUCCUCGCUAGGGCUCUUGUCGGGUCUCUCAUGAUCCCUGAUCUUCCUAAUGACCCCGGGUUUAGGAACGCCGAGAACGGGGCCAUAGGCGGAUUCGCCAAUGCGCGUGCCCUGGCGCGCAUCGCAUCCAUAGUCUCGCUGGAUGGUACUGUCGAUGGGAGGCGGUAUCUUGCCCCUGAGACCCUGGAUGAAAUGAUGAAAGAGCAAGUCCGAGGCUUGGAUUCGGUUCUCUUCCUUGAUGUGCGCUUUGCGCUUGGACUCGCGCUGCCAUCGAGCAACAGUAUGCCUGCCAUUCCUGAAGAUGCGGGCAUCUGUUUCUGGGGCGGUUGGGGAGGAUCUAUGGUCGUCAUGGAUCGCGGCCGGCGGAUGACGAUCGCGUAUGUCAUGAACAAGAUGGAGUACCGGUCUCUUGGAAGCGCAAAUGCCGAGGCAUAUAUUCGGGAGAUUUACCAGUGCUUGGAUGUUGGCAAGGGAGUGUAG